GGUCUCCCUCCAGAGAAGAACAGACAUUAGACAUAAACGCAUUGAUUGUUGUGUCUGUGAGGGGUUUUACAGUCUCUACAACAGACCGACCAUGCUUCACUCUUCAGCCACCUUUCGCCCAAAAAUGCCAGCCUUCUCAUUACUAGUUUAGGCGUGUUACUUUUACAAAAAAUCCGUCCAGCGCGUCCCGGCGGCGAGCUUACUUUCGAUGCAUGAGUUGGAGGUUUCCAGCCGCUGAGCAGGCAUCAUUCUGGGCAGGAUCGUUUGCAUUAUGGCUUCGGAUCGAGAGAAGAACAGGCAGCGGGUGAAACAGCUUCUGGGGAAACCUGGGAAUGGAAACUGUGCCGAUUGCGGAGCUGCAGAUCCACAAUGGGCGUCCUACACCCUGGGAGUGUUUGUCUGUCUCAGCUGCUCUGGCCUUCAUCGAAACAUCGCUCAGAUCAGCAAGGUGAAGUCUGUCCUGCUGGAUCCCUGGAGCUCCUCUGAGGUGGAGUUUAUGGAUUCUGUGGGUAACAAUGCUGCCAAGGCUAAAUACGAACAGAUAGUUCCUGCCUUCUACUACUGUCCUACACACAAAGACUGCACACUCCUGCGGGAACAAUGGAUCCGAGCCAAGUACGAGAGGAAGGAGUUCCAGCUUGUGGAGAGGCAGGAGCCCUACUCAGCAGGCUACAGAGAGGGGUUUCUAUGGAAACGAGGCAGAGACAACGGGCAGUACCUCAGCAGAAAAUUUAUUCUGUCCGAACGGGAAGGUGUUUUGAAGUACUUCAACAAGCACGAUGCCAGAGAGCCCAAAGCCAUAAUGAAGAUCAAUACUGUGAAUGCCACUUUCCAGCCAACGAAAAUCGGCACGGCACACGGCCUGCAGAUAACCUAUUUGAAGGACAACAGCACUAGGAAUAUCUUUGUUUACCACGAGGAUGGAAAGGAAAUGGUGGAUUGGUUCAAUGCCAUCAGAGCAGCCAGGUUUCACUACCUACAGGUGGCUUUUCCUGGAGCUUCUAAUUCUGAUUUGUUGCCAAAACUAUCCAGGAACUACAUGAAGGAGGGUUACAUGGAGAAGACCGGUCCAAAGCACACAGAGGGCUUCAAGAAAAGAUGGUUCACAAUGGAUGACAGGAGGCUCAUGUACUUCAAAGAUCCACUGGAUGCCUAUGCACGAGGCGAGGUGUUCAUUGGUAGUAGGGAAAACAGCUACACUGUGCUUCCCGGCCUCCCUCCCAACAUUCAGGGCUACCAUUGGCAGUUUGGCAUUACCAUAGUGACCCCAGACAGGAGGUUCCUGCUUGCUUGUGAGACUGAGGAGGAUCAGAAAGACUGGAUCGCUGCAUUUCAGACCGUUAUCAGCAGACCAAUGCUGCCUCGGGAGUAUGCAGUUGAAGCCUAUUUCAAGCACAAGCCAUGACAAGUGUCUGAAGAGCUGUUAGUGCAGGGAGCGGAGCUGCAGGAAGAGAAGGACCUGAUAUCUUAUAAUGGAAGUCUUUUUAGAGACUUCACAGUGAAAGAGAAAAAACCUGGUGAGAAAGUUACCAUUACUCCUUUACUUUACCAGCCAUCACGCUCAAUGUCACCUACAUCAUGUACCAGAGCAACUUCUUAGUCCAGGGAUGGGCAACUGGAGGCCCGGGGGCCACAUACGGCCCGCACCCUUACUUGAAGUGGCCCUCAGUACAACUACAUGCAUUUGAGCAUGAAAUCUUAAAAGUGCAGUGUAAAAAUGCACAAAAUUACUUCUUGCAAUUAAUGUUUAAAAAAAAAAUCAUAGUAAGUGGUUAUUAUUAUUAGUAUUAUUUUUUUAUGUGCUUUUUUGUUGUUUAUAUGGUCAGUAUAAAUACAUUUUCUGUCCAAUUUUACCAGAACAUUUGGUCAUGUCAGCUUGAAAUCUAAACAGCAUACUCUUCACAAUUUGGUUUGCAUCUGCAACAAGGAAUAAAAGUAGAUUACUUGUUUUUUAACAAGAAGUUUAAGUAAGUGUUAAGUAACUGGUUAUUUUUUAUUUGCUUCAAACCUCUUGUAUUCCUAUUUAUACUGUUAUUCAUGCAUUGGAUCAUGAAAUAUGUUAAGUUACUGCACUGUAAACAUAUUUUAAAUUGCAGUUUCAUCAAAUCUGGUUAAGUGCACGGUCCUAUAUGUGGCCCUGUGGUAGUGUGGAUGAAAAAUUGUGGCCCCCUCCAGCAUUUAAGUUGCCCAUCCCUGUCUUAGGCAGUCCGAAUCACUCCUAAACUACUGAAUGUUGGCCUAACUCACUCAUUUGUUGCGUGAUGUGACUUACAUACUUGAAAGAGGUCAGUUAUCCUGACCUGAAUGUGUCAAAGUUAUUAUUGUAAUCAGAAUUGUUGCUGCUUUGAUGCCAACAGGUGUUUUCCUUUGUUCUCAAUAAGUAUGAAUACUUAUAUUAUUCAGAUGUUUAAUACGACUGAAUUAAUCUUGCAUUCCAACAAGUGUCCAAACUGAGCCACUCUGGCCAGUUAUAUGCAGACUAAAACAUUAUCUGACUAUAAUAUGUCAAUAAGAAGGAUAAUAUACAUUGUCUGCAGAUGCAUUGAUUUCCAUGUCUGAGUGAAAUUAUAUUUAAGUGUCAAUGUAUUUAUUUUUUUAACCGUCUAAUAUGCAGCUUGUAAAGUUAGUGCCAAGCACUGCAGGUAUAAUAAAUUAUUUUUGCUUUUUUAGCACGUAUUCAAUCAGCUGAAUGUAAACUGCUUUGUGUAAUGUUCAUCACAUUUUAGAAUUGGCUUGUCUAUUUCUCUUGUUUUUGUAAAACUAAAAAUUGUGACUCAGUUUACAACCCAGAUUUAAAGAAAGUUGGGAUGCUGAUGACAUACUGUAUUUACGAAGACAACAUUUUAUCGGUUUGAACAUAAAAUAUACUGACUUUGUUAAUCUGAUGCUUUGUUUUUUUUAAUUUUUUUAACAGCAUCUCAACUGUUUUGGAAUCGGGGUUGUAGAAUUUAUUAAUGUGGCAAAAUGUAUCCAGCAGAGGGAGACAGAGGAAAAGUUUUAAACUGAAGAGAAAUGUGUGAGGAUACUUGUAUUACAAUGGGGCAGCGAUGCCUUUGUUCAAACUUGAAGAGCUGGGGUCAAAUAAACCAUGUGAGCAUG